AUGGAUGAAGAAUACGACGCAAUAGUUCUUGGAACUGGAUUGAAAGAAUGCAUUCUAAGUGGAAUGCUUUCUGUGUCCGGAAAGAAGGUAUUACAUAUUGAUCGUAAUAAGUACUACGGCGGCGAAUCUGCGUCAAUUACCCCGUUAGAAGAAUUAUUCGCAAAGUUCAACGCUCCGGCCCCCGAUGAAACAUACGGCCGAGGUCGCGACUGGAAUGUAGAUUUGAUUCCCAAACUACUGAUGGCUAAUGGGCUUCUUGUGAAGCUUCUUAUUCAUACGGGUGUGACCCGAUAUUUGGAAUUCAAGUCGGUGGAAGGGAGCUAUGUCUACAAAGGUGGCAAAAUCUCCAAAGUGCCCGUUGAUCAGAAAGAAGCAUUGGCAUCUGAUCUUAUGGGAAUGUUUGAGAAGAGACGGUUCCGCAACUUCCUAAUUUAUGUUCAAGAUUUUCAGGAAGAUGAUGUGAAGACUUGGAAAGAUUUCGAUCCCAGUACAGCCAACAUGCAGUCGCUGUACGACAAAUUUGGCCUAGAUAAAAACACCCAAGACUUUACUGGGCAUGCUCUGGCCCUCUACCUCAACGAUAACUACCUCCAGCAGCCUGCCAUUCAAACUAUCCAUCGUAUUAAACUGUACUCUGAUUCACUUGCCAGAUAUGGGAAAUCACCCUAUUUAUAUCCUAUGUAUGGCCUAGGUGAAUUGCCUCAGGGUUUUGCUCGACUCUCUGCUAUCUACGGAGGCACUUACAUGCUUGAUAAACCCAUUGAUGAAAUUGUUUUGGGAGAAGGUGGAAAGGUGGUUGGUGUUCGUUCAGGGAAUGAAAUUGCUAAGUGUAAGCAGGUGUAUUGCGACCCCAGCUAUGUACCUGACAGAGUCCGCAAGAAGGGCCAGGUUAUCCGCUGCAUCUGUUUAUUGGAUCAUCCCAUAGCUAAUACUAAAGAUGCUUUAUCUACUCAAAUCAUCAUUCCUCAAAAGCAAGUAGGCAGGCAUUCUGAUAUCUAUAUAUCUGUUGUGUCAUACACACACCAGGUGGCUGCUAAGGGUUGGUUCAUUGCCAUGGUGUCAACUACUGUUGAAACUAAGGAUCCUGAAUCUGAAAUUAAGCCAGGUUUGGACCUCCUUGGAUCUAUACGACAGAAAUUUGUGUCUGUGUCAGACUACUAUGAACCUAUUGAUGAUGGCACUCAGAGCCAAGUCUUUGUGUCUGAAUCAUAUGAUGCUACGACACACUUUGAGACUACCUGUUUAGACGUGAUUAAGAUAUACAAGAAUGGCACUGGAGAAGAGUUUGAUUUCUCCAAAGUAAAAGUUGAACUCGGAGAGGAAGAGCAGUGA